GGCCCUUAUAAACCCAACAACAAGAAGUGUUCUGGUGUUUUGUCUUAUAUUUCCACCCGUCCCCAGGAUUAAACCCGGAUACUUCAGUUGUUAGGUGCUUCCAGCAUGUUGAGUGAGGUGCGUCUGGCAGCGAGACAGUCCGUCGAUGCAGAUGUUUCAGCCGGUGAAGAAGAAGAAAGCUGCCAGGCGGAGAAUACUCAAGGAUCCGCACGUUGGUCUUAAUUAUCCACAAGAAAAUGUAAAUGAAUGUGUCGAGAGUAUUUUUAGAGCAAAAAAUGUCCUUCAAUCGAGUGAUGGAUUUAUUGCUCUGAAAAAUAACUUGCACAAUGUAUCUACACUACUACAAACUAUAGAUGGAGAAGAGUGUGAGAUUACCUCGCUGGUUUGCUAUGGGCUGGGUUCGCCGUCUAGCAACCGCAGUGCAAGAUAUCAAACAGCUCUGUUACUCACCCUAAGAGACCAUUACAACGUUGACACUGACAUUUACGACCCACUGUUUACAAGUGUAGAUAUCGCAGCACUCGAAGAACUUAAAUUCCACAUUCUAGAGAAUAACGAAGAGGGUAAGAGGAAUGUGCAAAGAGGAACUGUGUUCUUCAUGCCACAUUGUGGAAAAGAAUUGUAUAAUAAUCUACUCUGGGCAAAUUGGAGUCCAGUAUCACUACCAUUAUGCAUCAUUAUAGGUAAUAGUUUCAGCACUAUUGUACAGAAUAUUCCAUCAAGAAUACUGAAAGAACAUUAUGAAUUUAUAUAUCUUGCCAAAGGCUUGUUUAAAGAAUAUCCUCUGGAAACAUUAGUAGAAUAUAAUGACAUAUUUAAUGAUAUGAGUAUUCAUGUUAUUUCUCGUGACAGACUAGAUCAAGAGGAAAGUGGCUUUUGGUGUGAAAAAUGUGAACCAAAAUAUGAAAAUUGUGAUGUAGAGAUUGUCAGAGCAAAAGCUAAUGUGGUGACUACGAAAGUUCUCUGAAAUGAUAGUGUAAUACAUAUGUAUAGAGAUACAGUACUGUGGAUGUAAUACAUACGUAUAUAUAUUUUAGAAAUAAUUUUUUCUUGAAAGCAAUUAACCGGUAGGGGUCAUGUAAAACAUAUACAUAUGUAUACAUAUUAGAAAUACUUAUUUUUUCUUCGAAGCAGUUAACUGGUACAGGUUACAUAGCACCUGGGAAAUGGAAGGUAGUCUGGUUUGAUCUGAGGAAGGGGCAGAUUACUCCAGUUUCUUGGAUCAAGAGUCUUUGUCAGCAUCGAGACACCCUCUUCAGGGAAUAGAUACUUUAAUAAGAUCACAUCAGGUGCCAAUAAAAAUGUAUUUAGGAAAGCUGUGGAUAUAUAUGCUUAUUUUUACCAGCUUUAUUUACACAGAUUCAGCUAAUUGUAACAAAGGUUUUUUCAGAUUAGAGAAUAUGAGAGAGUGCCAUCCCUGGCUCACGUGUGAAGAUUUGAUUGGUCUUGACGUGAGGGAUCUGAUUGGUUACGGGGCCGUCAAACAGGUGUACAAGUCAACAUGGCAGAAUAUUACAAUAGCGUUUGUGCAUGUUAAUAAUAGAGAGUAUCUGAGGGAUUUUUGGCAUGGAUUUGAAAUGUUAAAGGGAUUAGGACCAAGCCAAUUCCUGGUUCAAUUAAUUGGUUUUUGUAUGAAAAAUGAUGCAUACAUGACCGAAUAUCAUCCUUAUGGCAAUAGUAUCAAUGUUAAUACAAUACUUGAUGGUAUGUUUGAUUUAAAAAAGAGAUUUGAGCUGUGUGUUGAUUAUGUAAAAAUUCUUGAUUUUUUGCAUAAUAGUCCUAUAGGAACGAGAGUCAUGUGUGACUCAAGUACUUUAAACAAGACACUUGAACAGUAUUUAAUAAGUUCGUCGUUGAAUCUUAUUUUGAACGAUGUCGAUGCCCUGCCAGAAGUUGGGCCCCGAGGCAUUAUCUGUGGCCACAAGGAACUCCAGGUAGUUUUGUAGCUCCAGAGCAGAGGGUGGCCCUUUACACCACAAGGCUUACGACCAAAUGAGAAUGACGCCAUACAAUGAGAAAGUCGAUGUGUGGAAAAUUCCUCUGUUUGUAACUACUAUUUAGGGAACAGUGAAGCUGCGAAGGUUUUCAGAUACCAUGUAUAUCCAUCCAUAAACAAUGCAAACAAAAAUACCCAACAAAUCGACCUACUGCGGCUGAUGUGCUAAAAUUUUAUGAAAAUUUACACCAUGAAUAUUUUGAAGAUGAAUUUACAAAAAUGAAAGAAGAACUUUAAUAAAAAAUUAUGCUAAAUAUAUCAAACAGUUUUCUACUGUAGACUAAUGCUUUGUUAUUGAAUUAUAUAAAAUAUAAAAUUUUAAUUUUUAAUGUCCUUAAAUGUGUUACAAUGUAUAAAGUACUUCCAUUUUUACCUACUGCACUGUACUUAGCUGACUGUAACCAAAUAUGAAGAUCAAAUAAAUUUUAAUUGCUGUA